AUGGAAUAUAUGUGUAAUGUUGCGAACAAUUUUUUUGGUGAUUUAUUUAUGAGUGUUCGUCAAUUGCAAUUAUAUGAUUUCUUUGCUCGAAUUUCUCGAGCUUUUCCAUUACUCAAUAUAUUAAACGUAAUCAGUCUUCAUGGACAAAAGAAGAAGUUGACACAUCAACAAAAUGAACAUAAACAAACAUCUUCAAUUAUUGAAUAUCCUCAUCUUAUGUAUCUCAGUCUUAAUCGUGUAUAUGUUGACUAUAUCAAACAAUUUCUUUUUGAAUCAAAUACAUAUCUACCAUAUCUGAACAAAUUAUCCGUUCAAUAUCAAGAUUUAAUCGAUGCGAUAGAGAAUUUUACAAAUAAUGCUGAGAAAGUCAAUUGUGCAAAAUUGAAAUACAUUAUUCUUUUUUCAAAACCAUCAAUGUAUCCAGAAAAUUUUCAUGAUUAUUUUCCAUCAUUGAUUAAUAAAUUGUUAUUUUAA